AGUCUUAGGAGUCACAACCCCUCUCUGGGUUUCCUCCUGAGCUCUGGGCCCUGGGCACUAGGUCCUGAUAGGGUAUCUGGCCUUGGCAGGUUGGAGCCAUCACAGGAGAGAAAGACCCUGAGCCUCUGAGGAAGGCCUCAGGGGGACCUGCAUUGUGAUGACCUCAUCGACUCUAUGCCAUCAUCUUCUCUCCCACCCUUCACUCCUGCCUGACCAGCUGCACUGCAAACAACCAUCAGUCUCAAUCCCAAUGGCCUGAGGUGGUCUGUUCUUCAAUGCCUGCUGCUGAUCUUCUGUCUCAGCCAGUAAGAAGCACCAUAAAAUUGAUACUCACUGAGAAAAACUGUGACAGCUUCAUGCUAUAGAAACCGAACUAACAGAGGAAACUCAAAGAGUUCUGGGACAUGGCCCUGACUGUGAACCACCAUGACUUCUUUGCACAUCAAAACUUGUUGCCUGCUGUGUCUUCAAUAGUGAAGAACGUCAUCUCUGGCAAUGAUGUGAACACCAGCAGUGAGCUUUCUUUCGCCCUUGACCCCAACUACCUGAGUCCGGCCACAGUGGACCAGGUCCUGGACUACUUCUCCAGUGGCAAGGUGGUGAUCUUGGAGCAGAACGUGGAGGAGCUCCUUCGUGGGGCCCACUAUUUCAACACAGUGUGCCUUGAAAUCCACUGCAGUGACUACCUGAUUAAGACCUUCCGCCAUGCCAGCUGCUUGCGCUACCUCGUCUUGGCUGAGUUGUUUGGGCUCAAAGAGGUAUCAAACUUGGCCUUUACUGGUAUUUGCAACAACUUCCACUGCUGGGCCAGUCCUGAGAGCUUCAUGCGCUGCCGACUUGUCAUCUUUGACUUGCUUAAAGAUGAAAACUUGCGUGUGCUCAUUGAGGACCAGGCUCUCAGUGCACUCCUACAUUGGGUGUACUUCCAGAACGAUGAGCGGGAGAAGUAUUUCAAGAAAUUCUCCUAUUACAUCAGUCUCAAUGCCGUCUCCAACAAGACACUGAUGUUUGCCAGCAACCAGUUGAUGGACAUGGAGAACAGCUCAGGCCACACAUCCCUGAUUGAGAGUGUCCUUGUGGAACGACAGCAGGACAGGCCAUCCAGCCUGCUGAGCUACCAGCGGAAAGGGGCCCUGCUUGAUUCGGUGGUCAUCCUUGGUGGCCAAAAGGCCCAGGGCCAGUUCAAUGAUGGAGUGUUUGCCUAUGUCAUCCAGGAGAACCUGUGGUUGAAGCUCUCAGAGGUGCCCUAUCAGGCAGCAGCACUCACUGCCACCUCUACUGUUUGCUACAUCUACAUGUCUGGUGGCACCAAUGAGCAGAUUACAGGGCUAAAGAUGGCUUGGUGGUAUGACAUGGAUGACAACUCCUGGACCAAGGUGCCUGACCUGCCACUUGGUCUUGUCUUCCACACCAUGGUGACCUGUGGGGGGACAGUGUACUCAGUGGGUGGGAGCAUUGCCCCAAGGCGGUAUGUCUCUAACAUCUGUUUUUAUGAUGAGCGCAAGGAGGCCUGGUGCCUGGCAGGGAAGAUGAGCAUCCCUAUGGAUGCCACAGCUGUGAUCACCAAGGGUGACCAGAACCUGUACAUGGUCACUGGGCGAUGCUUGGUGAAGGGCACCAUCUCCUGAGUCGCGGUAGUAGAUUGCUUUGAUACCAAUACUGGGGAGGUGGUCCAGAGUAUCAUCUUCCCCAUCAAGUUCAACCACCGGCCCCUGCUCUCUUUCAGUCAGGACAACAUCCUCUGCAUGCACAGCCACCAUCAGAGCGUGGAAAUCAACCUACAGAAAAUCAAGGCCAACAAGAGGACCACAUCAGUACCUCUCUUGCCCAAGAACUGCCCCCUGGAUGUGUCCCAUGCUAUAUCCUCCAUUGGAGACAGCAGGGUGUUUGUAGGUGGGGGUGUCACAACAGCCAGUGAUGUGCAGAAAAGGGACUGCACCAUCAAUCCAAACGCCUACUUGCUGGACCGAAAGACAGGCAACUGGAAGACCCUGGCCCCCCCACCAGAGCCACUGGACUGUCCCACCUGCUGUCUAGUCAAGCUACCUUGAAAGAUUCUUCAAAGGAAUUAA